UUCAUUUUGGCACUCAGCAGCUUACGCGUGGCUCACAGAUGGCUUCUGUCUGGUUUUGUGUAAUCCAAUCAUCCUGCUCUACUGCGUCUCGCACUUCGUCUCUGGGAGUAAUUGAAAAGCUCACAGUGACAAUUGUUUCUUCUUCCAGAUGUCGUCAAUAUAAGGAGUGUGGCUUUCAUCACCUCCCUGACAUAGGAUGUGUACAUGGCUCUCCGAGUCAGAGUCGCUCCAAGCAAGGUUGUUUUGCAGAACCUCCUUGUAUGUGUCCUCCUGUUCUACACUGUGUACUAUGUGUCUCUGAGCAUGUGCUGUGUGACACUCAAGGUAUAUGAAUUGGAUAUCCUGGCACCAUUUGACUUCAAAACAAAUCCGUCAUGGCUCAGCACUAAUUAUAAAGUUCUCUUAGUUUCAACAGAGGUUACCUACUUUGUUUGUGGAUUGCUUUUUGUUCUGGUUGUGGAAGAAUGGGUUUGGGAUUAUGCUAUUUCAGUAACUAUUCUUCACAUUGUCAUCACUUCAACUGUUAUGCUGGAAUUCCCCUUGACAUCUCACUGGUGGGCUGCUUUAGGAUCCGGCUUAAUUUCAAUGAUAUGUGGAGGCCAGAUUUUAGCAUAUUGUUUGUACAAAGACAACUUUAUCUAUCCAGAUCUGAAUGAUUUUUAACAGAACAGUUGGAUUAAUUUGCCUCAGAAUUCCUAUACUGUAACAUGUUGUGAAAGAACUAAAUUUUAUUUUUCGUUCAUAUUUAUAUCCAACAUUAAAUUUAUUCAGUACACUUUGUAACCAUAAAAAGGAAAACAAAAAGUUCAUGGAGAGUUGGAGGACCCUAGGAAAGAUUUUGUAAGCUAAAUGCUGCAAACUCAUAACAUGCUGUGUUUCCCAAAGCGUGUUCCACAGGACACUGAUUCUGAAGGAUGUUAAUAUUGCUAUGUAAUCAAAACAGUUUUGGGCUGGCCCAAUGGCGUAACGGUUAAGGGAACUGAAUCCUA